AUGGCGGGGCGGGCCGUGCACGCGUGGCCCGGUUCUCCCCGGCAGACGGGCGAGGCCGUGAAGGCGCUGCUGCAGCGGCUCCAGGCGCUGCAGGGCGAGCGCGCCGAGGCGUACCGGCUCUUCGAGGAGGGCCACCGGGCGUACCUGAGCAGCGCACCCCACUAUGACUUCCCGCGUUACCGGCAGCUGGUGCACGAGAUCACGCUGGCCUUCAGCGGCAUCUCCCGGGAGGUGCUGCGCAUCGCCGGGCGCCUGCGGGACGAGCUCGCCCGCCCCGACCUGGCCCAGCACCUCGCCCGCCUCCAGGAGCGGGAGCAGGAGAAGCUGCAGCUGACGGCGCAGCUCCAGCUGGCCCGGCAGCAGGCGCAGGACCGGCCCGACGUGGACGCCCAUCAGCAGGAGGUGCGGGAGCUCAAGCACAAGCUAAUUAAAACCAUUGAGGCAAUCAGCGAAAUUCUCCAGGACCUCAAGUACGAUUCAGAAGAAGUCGAGUGAUGGGUGUCCCCGUGGGAACGGCUGGAGGGGCCGGCCGGUGGAACGGGGGCCCCGUUCGCCCACCCCCAGCCCCCACAACGCCACCUCGGCAAGGUGGGCACCUUCCCGCUGACCCCUUUUCUUGGGCAUGGGCUGGAAGGAGUGGAGAACCCCCCCGGGGGCAGUGGAGUCCCCCCGGAUCCUGAGCAUCCCUCAGCGGAAGGGUCUGGUGUGGGGCUGGUUCCCCUCCCCAGCUCUGCCGGCCGUGCCGCGGCUUUGCCCAAGGAAAACCACAACCUGCCGUGCCAAGGGGCUGCCUUGCUUUCACCCACAUCCGGAUGGGCACUGCCUUUGCUGCCACGUGGAGCCCCACGGGCAGCAGCCCCCCCCAAAACCACCUCACGGAGAUCAGCUAUGCCCCCAGCCCCAUGGCGGCUCCGGUGCCCUACAAGUGCCCUUUCUAUGGUCAACCAAAAUAAACCUGUCCCCAUGGA